ACUACCUUCACCCCCGCGGCCGCCGGGCCGCGCCCAGCGGCGGCUCCUUCGCAGCGCUCAGCCUGUGGGGCCGCGGGAGCCGCAGAGCGCGCGUGGGUGCGGCACCGGUGAGCUCCCGGGAGCGGCCAGCGGAUCUCAGGAGUGAUCCCCUCCCGGCGGGGCCACCGCCGCUGCUGCCACCACUUCGGGGCGGGGCCCAGGCCGGGGGUGGGGCGCCAGGCGGGCGCGGCGCUAUUUCCAGCCCUGCCGAAGGCUUCGCUAGCACUUCGCUGGGAGCCUUCCCGGCGCGCGAGCCGCAUCCCGCGUUGCUGUGGGGAGGAGAGAGGAGCAGGCAGCGGCGGGAGGCGGGAGGCGGUGGACAGACCCGGACCCGGGCGGAGGAGGAACACACCACCGCGCCCUCUCCCUCUCCUGGGCGCUCCGGUCGCCGGCCCCACGUCGCUCGCUUCACCCACCGCACGCAGUUCCGCUGCGAGCGCGAGGAGGCGCAGGGCCCUCGCGGAGCUGGGGCGGAGGUCCUCCUCGCUCCCCCGGCGCCCCAGAGCCGCGGAUUCGCCGCGGAGGACCGCGCCGGGGCUGGAAGCGCCCGCGGCCCCGCGAGUGCCGGCUGCGACAGACUGUGGCCUGAUGGACACCUGGUGUAGACAAUGAGGGAAGAACUCGCCUCCCACACCCAAGAGGUGACCCCAGAGCAAGGCCCAGAUGACCCUACGUGCCGGGACGAUGCGGCUGGCCUGCAUGUUUUCAUCCAUCCUGCUGUUCGGAGCCGCGGGCCUCCUCCUCUUCAUCAGCCUGCAGGACUCCACGGAGCUCACCCCCCAGCAGGUGCCAGGAGUAAAGUUCAACAUCAGGCUACAGCAGCCGCGCGAUGACUUUCCGCCAGGCAGUUCCCAGGAUGGUGUGUUUAAGGCGCCCACAGAGAGGGUCGCCCGAGACGUGUCCAGCCGGGCACCCAGAGGCCUCCGCCUACCGGGGCCUGACGCACCUCAAGGCCGCCCAAACCGGGGGGCCCGUCUGCGGCCCCAGCAGCGCCGCCGCCGGCUGCUGAUCAAGAAAAUGCCCGCGGCGGCGGCCAUCCCGGCCAACAGCUCGGACGGCUCCGCGGCCCGGCCAGCACCGCGGGCCCCGGACGGCCGCUGGGUCAGCCUGCACCAGAGGCAGCGGGAGCGCAAGCGGGUGAUGGGGGAGGCGUGCGCCAAGUACCGCGCCAGCAGCAGCCGCAGGGCGGUCACGCCCCGCCACGUGUCCCGCAUCUUCGUGGAGGACCGCCACCGCGUGCUGUACUGCGAGGUCCCCAAAGCGGGCUGCUCCAACUGGAAGCGGGUGCUCAUGGUGCUGGCCGGGCUGGCCUCGUCCACCGCCGACCUCCAGCACAACACCGUGCACUACGGCGGCGCCCUCAAGCGGCUGGACACCUUCGACCGCCAGGGCAUCCUGCACCGCCUCAGCACCUACACCAAGAUGCUCUUCGUCCGCGAGCCCUUCGAGAGGCUGGUCUCCGCCUUCCGCGACAAGUUCGAGCACCCCAACAGCUACUAUCACCCUGUCUUCGGCAAGGCCAUCCUGGCCCGGUACCGGGCCAACGCCUCUGGGGAAGCCCUGCGGACGGGCUCUGGCGUGCGCUUCCCCGAGUUCGUCCAGUACCUGCUGGACGUGCACCGGCCGGUGGGCAUGGACAUCCACUGGGACCACGUCAGCCGGCUCUGCAGCCCCUGCCUCAUCGACUAUGACUUUGUGGGCAAGUUUGAGAGCAUGGAGGACGAUGCCAACUUCUUCUUGAGCCUCAUCCACGCCCCGCGCAACCUGACCUUCCCCCAGUUCAAGGACCGGCACUCGCAGGAGGCACGGACUACCGCGGGCAUCACCCACCAGUACUUCUCGCAGCUCUCGGCCCCGCAGCGGCAGCGUGCCUACGACUUCUACUACAUGGACUACCUGAUGUUCAACUACUCCAAGCCCUUCGCUGACCUGUACUGAGGGCCUGGCGGCUGCCCGCGGGCACCCUGCCCACCACUCACCUGUCCGAGGGGCAUGUUUCCUUAGCCAGGAGCCGAGAUGUACCCAGAACAACUGGGCUCCGAGGACGUGAGGAGCUGUGGCUGCUGCAGGCCCUGGUGGGGACAGAGGCCCAGGCCUUGGGUGGGGACCCUGGCCCAAGCCUCAGAGCCACUUCCUUCCUUCUUGCCUGAGGAAGGUAUGGAGGGGUGUGAGCUGGACACCCAGGAGUCCCAGCUGCCCACACCCAGCUCAGCCAGGAGUCAGGAUGUCCAGGGAAGCCUGAGGCCCGGGAAUGAGGGCCGGGCGGUAAGGGACCUCCUUCAGUCCCUUCGCCAUUGCCUUGUACCCAACCACAUGGUUUGCAGCUUUUCUGUGACCCAGGAGGAGGUUCCAAAUAAAGCACAUG